AUGGAAUGCGCGGUCGGCGAGAGCAGUUCAUUCUACCACUCUGCCAACUGUCUGUGCUGCUGCACUACCACCACUAGUGCCACGGUACAAGCCAACGCUACGGCUCCAGCAACUACGUCUGACCUCCGGGUGACUAUGGGCACCACACCAACACUGCAUGGCAACACACUGGAGGUCCAGUUCACAGUGUUCCGUGCUCCGAACAACAAGCUGCAGUUCCAGCAAACAUCUCUGCUGAGUGGACACGUGAUAUUUUCCUGCAACAGCCAAACACUGACAGACCAGCCAAGACAGGCCUGGGUUACACACACAUUCACCAAGGAGGAACUGGAGGAGAGACGCAAGCAGUGUGUGGAUCAGCAUUAUGAGCACUUUGAUUGGUUUGAGAUGAUAGAGAAGACCAUCACUGUUACAGCAGAGUUUCUUCAAAGACGUCGUGGUUGUAUGAUCAACAGCUCAGGAGUAUAUGCUUUUGAUGAGUGGGGUGUCAAUGGAGAAGACUUUUUGACCUUUGAACCCCAGACUCUUAAAUGGACUCCUCUGUCUGACCUGGCCACCCAUGUUGCAGUAGAGUGGAACAAGCAGGACUCAUUGAUCAGGAAUCAUGUGUAUGGGGACUUUGGCCAGAUUUUGUGUCCUGAGACUCACAAUACCUUGAAGUUGAAGAGAGCAACAUGGAUCAAUGAAUCUACACAAACGGAUAUGGAACUCCGUAUUUUUGCCAAACCUAUCCCAGGAAAUACCUCCAUGAAUUUACAGUGUCAUGUGACAGCCUCUGACCUAUCAGGAGUCAGAAUCCAGUUAACCAAAGAUGGGGUUCCUCUGGACUAUGGGGUGGAGCGGAUUGGACCGCGUCCCAAUGGAGACGGAACCGUUCAGAUGAGAGUCGAGGUUCUAACCACAAUGGACACCAAUAAACACUAUCGAUGUGAGGCUCACAGUCAGACUGUCAACAAGUCUGUCCUGUUUGGUAAGAUCAACAUUGUGUCAACGGUGAAGUAA